UGCAUAAAAUAUGUAUAUCAUGCUAUAACAACACAUUUAUUAAUAAAUAUCUAGAUAAAGAAAAAUGCUUAUAAUUUUACUAUGCCAGUCACACUUUUUGUCGCUACAAGACUCAUCAGAGAGGCUUCAAAUUAAAACAAUUGUAUACGUAAGGACAAAUAGUGUACAACAUUGAAAAGCUGCUUGAGGACCAAAAUGCCCAAAAGGGUUUCUCCAUACAGCUAAGGUAAUCAGUUCCCUAGGUAGACAAAUUCUUAGUAUUUAUAUAACUGAUUAAUCUUUUUUGGGGGGUAUUUGUUAGAAUCUUGAAAAGGAUUUACAUCUUUUUUAUUUUUCAAUAGGGAAAACAAUGAUAACAGCAUAUCAACACCUAAGCUGAUGCCAGGACAAAAUAAGGAAUAUAGAACUCCAGAUGAGGCAUUUAAUGCCUUAAGGUCCAAUGAGAGAAGAAUUAAAUCCAUGGCUAUCAAGCAGAUAGUUAAGAACAUCAGAAAGUUAGCUGAUCUGCAAACAAUAGAUCUCUCCCUUAUAUUUUGUGUAAGGGAUGAGGUGCAGAAGAGGCAACUAAUAAAAUAUUGUGGCCAUGGAGAAUUUCUCCACAGACUAAAAAAUGUUGAGCCUGUGCUUAAACAGGAGGAAUUCGUCAAAUCAACAAGUUAUGAGGAAUUCCUUCCAAAAGUACAGGCUCAACCUAUAAAGUUUGUGACACCAUCCAAAUUGUCAUGUGGGCCUGGUGUGUCAAAAAACUUGGCACACCAACAGAAACAACAACUGGAGGAUACUGAAGUCAUUCCAGUUGAAAAUGAAACGUCAUUUACAUUAGAAAUAAAUUCUCCUAAACAAAAGCAGAAGAAAAAGAAAAGCCAACCUGCAAAAAGAAAACUGAUAAAUGAAUCAGGAGAAAGGGAUGACAAUGAGGAUGAUGAAAUUGGGGAAACAAUUAACAUGAUUAGUGAGACCAAUGAACCUGAGCUUAUACAACACAUAGAGCCUUCCACUUCUAAGCAGAAAAGAAAGAAAGGCAAAACUCAACAGAAAAAACAGGCUGCAAAACCUAAAUUGAUCUAUGAUUCAAAAGAAAUGAAUGAAAUAGAGAAGGAUGUCACUGAGGAAGUGAAUACUGAUGUUAGUGAACCUGUGCUGUCUGAAGCUAUAGAGCAGAUCUCCAUUAACAAUCAAGACCAGCAAGGUGCUACAGAAAGAGAUGACCAAGAUAUGCCAAUCAUUAAAGCCCCAGAAAAAAAGAAACGAAGAAAUACUAAAAAAAUAGAUCAAAGAACUCCUUCCAAUGACCAUAUAGACCAGGAUGUAUCAAGAGACAUCCAAAAUGAUUCAAAUUCCCAACUUGAUCAUGAUGUAACUGCAGAGGAAGAUACAGAAACAACAUGGGAGAUAAACUCCUAUUAUGCAGUUGCAUUUGAGGAUCGAUGGUAUCCAGGAGUGGUGACUGCCAUCGAAGGAGACAACAAGGACUGGGCCUCCAUUAAAUACAUGCACCCUAGUGGUGAAAAUUUUAAAUGGCCCGGCAAAGAAGACUCUGCAUUAGCACAUAUAAAUGCCAUGCUCUGCAGAGUCAAUGUUAAUAGCUUGGCAAAUGGUCGUUUAUGGACAGUGGCCAAUAUUGACAAAAUUGAUGAUUUAUACAAAAGUCAAUCAGAACUACAAAUUGUUGAAAUUGAUUAUCAAUAGACUAUGUCGUUACUGUUUAUAACAUGCAUCAAAUUCUAUCAAAGAUUAAAAUCAUUUCAAAGUGAAUUGUC